UGUUCUCCUUCAUUCCCUAGGGCAGUUGAGUGGGAAGCAGGUUGUGUCUCCAACGUCGGAUGAGCGGGGACUUCCUGAGCGAGGAUGAAAACGAGAAGAGAAACAUGCAGUCUUCAGAUGACUCCUUCGAGCCUUACCCGGAAAAGAAGGUUUCUAGUAAGAAAAGUGGCAGCAAAGAAGCUAAGAAGGCAGAAGAGCCCAAAAUAAGGAAGAAGCCAGGGCCCAAGCCAGGCUGGAAAAAAAAAAUCAAGUGUGAAAGGGAGGAGCUGCCCACCAUUUACAAGUGUCCUUACCAGGGAUGCACGGCCGUGUACAGAGGGGCAGACGGCAUGAAGAAACAUAUAAAGGAGCAUCACGAAGAAGUUCGGGAGAGGCCCUGUCCUCACCCUGGCUGCAACAAGGUGUUCAUGAUUGACCGGUACCUGCAGCGCCACGUGAAGCUCAUUCACACGGAGGUACGCAAUUACAUCUGCGAUGAGUGCGGGCAGACCUUCAAGCAACGCAAACACCUCUCAGUCCAUCAGAUGCGGCACUCGGGAGCGAAGCCCCUGCAGUGCGAGAUCUGCGGGUUCCAGUGCAGGCAGCGAGCGUCGCUCAAGUACCACAUGACCAAACACAAAGCGGAGACGGAGCUGGAAUUCGCCUGCGACCAGUGCGGGAAGCGCUUCGAGAAGGCCCACAACCUUAACGUCCACAUGUCCAUGGUGCACCCUCUGACCCAGACUCAGGACAAAACCAAGGCACUGGAGCCAGAGCCCAUUCUCCUCCUAACUACUUCAGGGACUGCAGACAGCCAGGCUGUAAAGCCCGAAGUGACUGCGCAGCAGGAGCCCACCUGAGCAGGACAGGGCAGCUUGCCCAGGCCAGCCUUGUAGAACCCGUACAGCCGAGUGGAGACUUGGAAUCUACGUUUUAGUCUCCUCCAGAACUCAGUGAAAUUAGCUUCAGCUUGCUCAGAAAAAGCUUGUUAUGAUGCUGUGAUUCUCCAUGCUCACGUCUGAUUCAGCAGUGUUGUGCUAAGAGUCUGUCUGCUCCGAGGGGACAAGUCUUUGGCGGCGCCCUGUUGUUGUCCCCUUCCCCAACACACACAGUUGUAGAAACAAAGUUGUCCCACAACUGUUACCUACCUGCACGAGCUGCUGCCUGUGUCUAACUGCCCUUGAGGGCAGCGAGGCCACAUAGGACAGUGGAGAAACUUAAGCAGACAUUU